AUGGCACUAAGCCAAGCGGGGAAGGCGAACGCGAAAGAGACUAGCUCUUUUACUAGCUCUAUAGACAGAAUACAAUUAGACAUACAGGACCUACGUAAUCCGUGGGUGCUACGUCUUCCGUAUCCUUCUCGUACCAACAGUCAGAGUAGCUUUAGAUAA